AUGGCUGAAGAGCAAAAUACCCCAGCUUUAUAUACCUCACCUGCAGUACAUCUACCAACUACUCAACAUCUGAGGGAGAUAUCUGCAGAUCUCGGAUUUAACCUCACUGAUGACCAACUCGAGCAGCACAAAGAAUACAUGAAAGGAGUCCAAGGAGCCUACCAGAUGUUAGAAGAACUGGUUGAGCCAACACUGGAAGUGAAGUUCCCAAGGACACCUGGACAUAACCCAAGACCAGAUGAGAAUCCAUUCAAUGCGUGGGCCUGGUGUACAGAUAUAAAAGGGUCUGAAGAUGGGAAGUUAAAGGGUAAAACUAUAGCUAUCAAAGAUCAUAUUGCAGUGGCCGGUGUACCUAUGACGAAUGGAAGUAAAACAUUUGAAGGAUAUGUGCCUGAAUUCGACGCUACUGUUGUCACGAGAGUCUUAGAAGCAGGUGGUAGGAUUCUCGGGAAGGCCGUAUGCGAAGAUGUGUGUUAUUCCGGCAAUAGCUUUACUUCAAUAAGUGGACCUGUAACAAACCCAGUCGACAGCACAAGAGCGAGUGGUGGGUCGAGUUCUGGAUCUGCUGCUCUUGUUGCUGGCGGUAUAGUUGAUCUAGCCCUAGGUGGGGACCAGGGAGGUUCCGUCAGGAUCCCCACAAGCUUUUGUGGAGUUGUUGGUCACAAACCAACGUUCGGGCUUGUACCUUGUAGUGGUUCUUUCUCGUUGGAGACUACUGUUGAUCAUAUCGGACCAAUUGCGAAAACAGUGGACGACUGCGCCUUGCUCUUGGAGGUGAUAGCAGGAUACGAUGGAUUUGAUGCGCGACAAAGAAAAGUUGACGUUCCUAAUUAUACAAAGCUAAUCGAUGGUGGGGUGAAAGGCAUGAAAAUCGGGUUUGUGGAGGAGGGAUUUGCCAUCUGUGAGUCUGAUGUCGUUAAGGUUGUUAAGGCAACAGCUGGUGCGUGGAAGAAAGCUGGUGCGACGGUUGAAGAUACAUCGAUCCCCAUGCAUAAAUAUGGUGUAGCUAUCUGGACUCCUCCAAUUAUAGAGGGAACUUAUCUUCAAGGAUUUGUUGGUGCCAAUAUUGGAAACAAAGGGUUUUAUCCAAACUCGAUGUUGGAGCAUUUUAAAAAACAUGUAAAGGCGAGACCGUACGACUUACCACCGACUUACCAGAAUGUAUGUCUGUGGGGAGAACAUCUUAAACGUAACUACCAGUCAAAACAUUACGGAAAGGCACAAAACUUGAAUAUUGCGCUGACAGCUGCAUAUGACAAAGCAUUGGAAACAUAUGACGUCAUUGUGAUGCCAACGCUGCCAUGCAAAGCCCCUAAACUUCCGUCUGCGGAUGCCAGCAUCACAGAGUUACUCGGUGAGGCACUGCGUAUGGUUGGAAACACUGGUCCCUUCGACGCCACAGGACACCCCGCCCUUAAUAUUAACGCCGGGUUUUCAGACGGCUUGCCAAUAGGUGUCAUGAUCAUCGGUCGCCACUAUGAUGACGUAACAGUACUGAAAUGUGCGAAAGCCUUGGAGAACAAAUUGGCAAUAUAAAACAAAAAUGACACAGACAUUAUUCAGUCAUAAAAGCAAUGUAUUAAA